GGACGUUAAUCACAGACGGAAGGUUGCAUGACUGCAGAAUACUUGUCCUUAACCUUACAUGCAGCAGAACUGUUCUUAGCUCUCUCUGGUUGUAAUUACAGAAAGAGUACUGCAACAUGUCGCUGGCGGCGGAGGCUUUCGUGUCGCAAAUGGCAGCAGCAGAGCCUUGGCCUGAGAAUGCAACCUUGUACCAACCGCUAAAGGAUGAUCAGAUCCUGCUCUCAGACCAUGCCUCAUCUCUUUCUGUUCAGGCCUACCUCCGGAUGUGUGGUCUGCCAAUUCAGGUGGUCUGCAGAUACAAUGCUGAGUACAUGUCACCCUCUGGGAAAAUCCCCUUCAUCCACGUGGGGAACCAGGUGGUGUCUGAACUGGGACCAAUAGUGCAGUUCACUAAAGCCAAGGGCCACUCGCUGAGCGACAGCUUGGACGAUGUACAGCGAGCUGAGAUGAAAGCAUACAUGGAGCUGGUGUAUAACAUGCUGCUUACUUCUGAGCUGUUCGUCCAGUGGUGCGACGACACCACAGCAGGCGAGAUUUCUCGGCCCAGGUACAGCAGCCCGUACUCCUGGCCUCUCGGGAACAUCCUGGCUUACCAGAAGCAGUGGGAGGUGCGCAGGAAGAUGAACGCCAUCGGCUGGGGAAGGAAGACGCUGGAGCAGGUCUAUGAAGAUGUGAACCAGUGCUGUCAGGCUCUGUCUCAGAGACUGGGCACUCAGCCUUAUUUCUUCAACAAACAGGCGACGGAGCUGGACGCGCUGGUGUUUGGCCACCUCUUCACCAUCCUCACCACCAGACUCACCAGCACUGAGCUGGCAGAGCGGGUCAAGAGCUACAGCAACCUGCUGUCCUUCUGCAGGCGCAUCGAGCAGACCUACUUCGAAGACAAAAAGCUUAUGAAGGACUGAACAAACACCGCUCUCUCUGAUGACUCGUCUUGUACAUUCUGCGUCUCCUCUCAUUCCUUGCGCCGUAGCAACUGCCACGCCAAUGUCUGUGCUGCUCACUUCUCCUCUUAGGUCCACGCUUGUACAUUUGAUUUUUUUUUUUUUUUUGAGUAUUUCCAGUUGCACACUUUAACCAGCAGGAUUACAGGAUUACCGAGUUUCAGAGGGAAGAACUCCACUUGACGCCAGAGGUCAAAUCAGGUCGAGUUUAUUUUCUUCUCAGGCAGUUUUUGAGCUGCUGCUGUACAAAAUCACAGGAACAUACUGAUGAAGGACCUCCCCAUUGUUUUGCUUGUGUUGAUGUAAAGUGCCUACAUAAGACAGUCAGCUAAGUAGUUUUAUCUUCGUUCCCAAUAAAAGCCGAGUGUGAACCUUGAA